UCUCUCUCUCUCUCUCUCUCUCUCUCUCUCUCUCUCUGUUUGGGGACUAGGAAAAAGGAAGCUCCUUUAGACCAGGGCUUCUCCAAAGAUCCAAACUUUGACGAUCGAAUCGACAGAAAACAAGCAAAGCGGUUGAAUUCCGACAGGCAAAGAGACAGACAGAUAUGUCGUGUUCAUCCUCGUCUGGAUCAGAGGAAGACGAUGAGGGAUUCGAUUCGUACCGUAAAGGUGGAUAUCACGCCGUCAGACUCGGCGAUCCGUUCGCCGGAGGCCGUUACAUCGCCCAGAGAAAGCUUGGUUGGGGCGAGUUCUCCACCGUUUGGCUUGCCUACGACACUCGCACCUCCAGUUACGUUGCUCUGAAGAUUCAGAAAAGUGCCCAGCAAUUUGCUCAAGCUGCACUUCACGAAAUCGAACUCCUUUCAGCUAUUGCUGGCGGGGACCCCGACAAUUCCAAGUGUGUUGUUCAUUUGAUUGACCACUUUAAGCAUACAGGUCCUAACGGACAGCAUUUAUGCAUGGUACUAGAAUUUCUCGGUGAUAGCUUGCUCCGGCUGAUCAAAUAUAACCAUUACGAGGGACUGGAAUUGAAUAAAGUUCGGGAGAUAUGCAGAUGUAUACUCACGAGUCUAGAUUAUAUGCACCGUGAACUCGGUAUGAUUCACACUGACUUGAAACCAGAAAACAUCCUUCUCUGUUCCACCAUUGACACCGCCAAGGAUCCCGUCAGAUCUGGACUGACACCAAUAUUAGAAAGGCCAGAGGGAAACCUAAACGGAGGUGGUGGGACGACUAUGAAUCUGAUUGAGAAGAAGCUGAAGAGGAGAGCGAGAAGGGCAGUUGCCAACAUAUCGGAAAGAAGGGGUUCCAUGGUAGGUACAGUUGAAGCAGUUCCAUCAAAGGCCGGAAGAAAUAUGGAUGGGAUUGAUAUGAGAUGCAAAGUCGUGGACUUUGGGAAUGCAUGUUGGGCCGAUAAGAAAUUUGCGGAAGAGAUUCAGACGAGACAGUACAGAGCGCCUGAAGUAAUUCUCCAGUCGGGUUACUCUUUCUCCGUCGAUAUGUGGUCAUUUGGUUGUAUUGCCUUCGAGCUUUCCACAGGCGAUAUGCUAUUUGCUCCGAAAGACGGGAAUGGUUACAGCGAAGACGAGGACCACCUAGCUCGUAUGAUGGAACUCCUUGGGAAAAUGCCUCGAAAGAUCGCCAUUGGAGGUGCUCGGUCCAAGGAUUUCUUCGACAGACAUGGCGACCUUAAGAGGAUCCGAAGGUUGAAAUACUGGACACUGGAACGUUUACUGAUCGAUAAAUACAGGUUUCCAGAACCGGAAGCCCGGGAAUUCGCAGAGUUCCUCAGUCCGAUCCUAGAUUUCGCACCCGAGAAACGACCCUCUGCUCAAGAAUGCCUGCAACAUCCAUGGCUGAAACUCAGGGCGCAUGAGAAAACAGAGCAGGAGAUGAGAAAGUUACAUAUCAAUGGCUGAGCUGAAGGUUUCGUACGGAUGUCCCCCUUUUCUUCUCUCUUUUUUUUUGGGUGUCAUUCUUUGGUUCGUUUUUUGGUUUUGAAUAAGACUGAUUAAUUUCUUUGUUUUUGUUAAUGGUCAUUGAUUAAGCAAUGAUUUCAUAUACAGUACAAAAGAAAUCGCGAUUAAUGAAUCACUAACUAUGUUUUGCGAAUUCAUAAUCAGUUUUUUUUU